AUUCUUGUUAGGCCUUGCGAGAAAUCUGGUCUUCCGCUCUAUAACCCAGCCCACCAUACAUAUGUACCUACUUAAGACGAAAUGAAUACCCAGCCAAUAGAAUUUGAGAAACGGGAUGCCACUGAGGACGAAGUCGAAAGCUUACCGCAUGUCGUUGACUCCCUGCCAUUUGUCGUCUGGAUUGCUCUGGUAGCCGGUGGCGCAGAAAGGUUUACGUUCUAUGCUGUCACAACGCCUUGGCAGAACUACAUGCAGUAUGAUCAGAAUAGCAUUGCAGUCCCCGGUGCUUUAGGGCUUGGCCAAGCAACCGCCUCAAACCUCUCUAGUGCCUUUUACGCUUUUACAUUCUUGAUCUCUGUGCCAUUCGCUAUUCUGUCAGAUGCCUGGUUGGGACGUUAUAAAACGUUAUGUAUUUGCUUUUUUCUUAAUUUUUGCGGCUGCUUGGUGCUUUGUGUUACUUCGCUUCCUGCUGUAACAGAACAUUCGAUCAAACUUUUCGGACUGGCACUUGCAAUGGUCCUUCUGGGGCUUGGAACAGGAGGGGUUAAAGCGACUAUAACUCCAUUUAUAGGAGACCAAUAUCCAACUAUGAAUCCGCAGCUGGUCACCACAAAAACCGGUGAGCGAGUCAUCGCGGAUCGAAUGUUAACCCUUCAAUAUAUAUAUAAUGUUUUCUAUUGGUUUACCAGCAUUGCAACUCUAUCUCUAAUUGCCUCGACGUAUUUAGAGAAAGACGUUGGAUUCUGGGCCGCUUACCUUCUGCCUCUGUGUUCAGUCUGGAUUAUAGUUCCUCUAUUAUUCUUCUGGUACAAACCGUUAGUGAAGCUACCACCACAGGGAAACGUUCUGUCCCAGGCAUCAAAAGUCAUCAUGUGCUCAGCUCGAGAAGGAUUUCGACUAGACGCAGCAAAACCCGCGUAUCAAGCAGAAAAGUACAGAAGGGAAGUUGAAUGGGACGACUUGUUCGUUUCGGAGAUUAGAAGGGGGCUUAAUGCCUGUAAGGUCAUGGCCUGCUUCGUGCCAUACCACCUGUGCAACAACCAAAGCGUUAAUAAUCUAAUCACCCAAGCCGGACAGAUGCGACUAGACGGCGUCCCCAACGAUACCAUCAAAGCCUUGAAUCCUGUUGUCUGCGUUCUACUCGGUCCCGUAAUGCAAAAACUUCUCUAUCCGACGCUCCGCAAGCUCGACAUCCCAUUUCGGCCAAUUGCUCGUAUGGCGUGGGCAUUCAUAACGAUGAGCGCAUCCAUGGCGUUUGCAGCGGGGAUACAAAAGCUAAUCUAUACACGAGGCCCGUGUUAUGAGCAUCCGCUUGCUUGUCAAGCCUCAAACGGUGGCAGCGUACCCAACGACAUCAGUGUGUGGGUGCAAACACCCGUGUACUUCCUGCUCGCAUUCGCGGAGAUCUUGGGCUUUACGACUCUGUCCGAGUAUAGCUAUUCUGAGGCACCCAAGAAUAUGCGUACUUUGGUGCAGGCAUUGGGACAAGUCAGCUCGGGCGUUGGAUCAGCAUUGGGUAUGGCUGUGUCGCCGCUGUCGGAUGAUCCCAAGGUUAUGUAUUUGUACACGGGUUUGGCGACGGUGAUGGCUGUCUGUGCGUCGAUUUUCUGGUUGGUGUUUAGAAAAUACGACCGGAACUGAACAACUAUAGGAGCUUUCGCCAUAGAAUCUUUGUUCCAUAGGUAGUUAUCAAUUCAAGAGACAAAUUCACGGUUUAUCAAUCUGUAAAGCAGUUCUAGACAGACAGUC